AUGCCGGCGGGGUUUACAGAUCGCGCUGCUUGUGAUGGCACACGACGAGCGACGGUGGCUGGGAUUACCAAUGGGUACGAUGGUGCAUAUGCAGUGAGUAGCCGCAAACCAGCUGAUGAUUCCGCGGCAGUUGGUGGUGGCGCUACCCGCAAGCGGCGCAAGGCCAUCGUGCCAUGGAGGUUCCAUAUCGGCUACAAGAGGCAGCCAUGGACGUCACAGGGUAAUGGAUCUCAAUCUCAUGGACCUCCUAGAACAGAUGGUCCCAGCAGGCAAUGCGCUCCGGAAGCUACUGCACCUAACCAAAAAUCUGUCAGUGUUGCCAUUGCCACCAGGAAGCGAUCCACACUGAAAAGGGUUCAGACAGGAACCGCUGCGCCUGUACACUGCAAGAAGAGAGUGAACAAGGGUCCAGCUGAUAGUCACCAAGCAAUGCCAAAGAGCAAAAUCGCCUAUAUCAGCAGAAAAAAUGCCUUGGCUUCUCUGCAGGAGUUCCGGCUCAUCUACAGAAGCUUCAAGUUUCUGUUUCAGGACCAACCCACCUACAGACCGGAUGACUACGAGGCUCUAUGGGUCUUCAGAGACAGGUACUCUGUCAAAAGAUACGACGGCAGGAGGUACGUGGGCAGGGUGCCGGGAGUCGAGGUCGGCGACGUGUUUGAUUCCGACGCGGAGCUUCACCUCACCGGUCUCCACCGUUCGCGGGACUCGCACGUCGACUACAUCGUCAGCAAGGAAGGCGACAUGAUGGCAUAUCAGGCCGUUAGCAUUGUCUCAUCAUACGGGCAGCAUUCUCACGACGAGAACAACAAUCUGGAUCUCCUGCAGCAUGUUGGAUCCGUGGCCAUCACGGCUGGUCAUCAGAUGGGAGGCAUAGAACAACUUGCACUGAAGCAGAACAUGGAUACAGGUACAAGAGAAAACCCUGUAUCUGCCAUUAACCUCAAAUCAAACGAGUACCCAAUGUCGUUUCUGUACAUCUCGCGCAUACGGUACCACGACCCAAAUGACCGUCCAGAUCCUCCAUCAGGCUGUGAUUGCAUUGGUGGAUGCUCGGACUCACAAGAGUGCGCGUGUGCGGUAAAAAAUGGAGGGGAGAUCCCUUUCAACGAUGAUGGUCUCAUCCUAGAGGAAAAACCUCUUAUCUAUGAGUGUGGACCUUCAUGCAAGUGCCCACCAACUUGUCACAAUAGAGUCAGCCAACAUAGAAUCAAGUUUCGCCUCCAAGUCUUCAAGACAGAACUGAUGGGUUGGGGAGUCAGGAGCCUUGAUUUUAUACCCAAGGGAAGCUUUGUGUGUGAAUACGUGGGAGAAUUGCUGGACAACAAAGAUGCCCAGGAGAGGGCAAAUGAUGAGUACCUGUUCAUUACUGGAGACAAAUAUUUCGAUGUACCACGCUGGGAGGGCAUAUCGGAGACCAUCGUCCCCUCGCUUCGGAAUCGUCAUGGAGAAGAUGACGCAAAGGUCUUUUCUGUUGAUGCACUGACCUGGAGCAACCUUGCAAGGUUCAUCAACCACAGCUGCAACCCCAACCUUUUUACGCAAAAUGUCCUUUACGAUCACGAUGAUGUCCGUAUGCCUCACAUCAUGCUUUUCGCGUGUGGUAAUAUUCCUCCGCUACAACCCUUGUCAUUUGACUACAAUUAUGACAAGGAUGGAGUUCAUGACUCCCAAGGACACAUCAAGAAGAAGCAAUGCUUAUGUGGGUCUCGUAAGUGCAAGGGACGGUUGUACUAG